AUGUCUGCAGUAUCGCUGGUCACGCUUAUAAACGACCUACAUGGGAGAAUCUGCGACCAAGUAGCGAUAUAUCAACGAGAGGUCGUGACCCUUCCCUUACAACCCGCCGCACUUGGGGGUCCAUGCUUUCGAGAUCAGGAGUUUUUGAUCCUACAGACGAUAUUCAAAGCACUUACAAUCAUUCUUUUAGAAGACGACUUUAAUGUUCGUGUAACAGAUGUGGGGAAGUUACCAGUGCUCAUUACCCUCACAGGUGAAGACAGCGGGCUAAGCCAACCGCUGAGCUUCAAAUCCAUCAGCCAACACGUUACAAAGUUCAUAUCGGAUACAGCAGUUAAGGUGCCUCUGAAUAUAGCCAUUGACUUUGUCAUUGCCCAGAAUCAACGGGAAAUUGCAGUCUUUGGUACGCAGCCCGACCCCGUCAAAUCAACGCUGGGGUUUCGAAGCACCCUAAACGUGGGCCUUGAAGCCUUGCCUGCUGUUGUGAGGUCUCUUGGUGGAGGAGACGAACCGAUUGAGAUGCCGAGCUCAACUUGGGUUGAUACCGCGAUUCAUAGUGGUUGGCCUAGAGUCAACGCCUUGGAUGAUGAGAAGUGGUAUCGGCGGGAAGAGAAAAACGAGCGAUUGAGGUUACUUCGACGAGUCGCUGGUGUAAACCCUAGCUAUGCCAAGAAGUUUGAUCGCCGAAAGAGCAUUUAA